UUUACUCCCAUUCCCAGACUCCAGUCAGUCACACACAGCUGUAGUGCCACCACACAACAGACCUCUUCGCACUACAGUUGAAUUUUGGAGUGUUUUGUCUGUAUCUGCGAAGAAUCAUUUUGAGUGGAUCCACAGUUCUCUUGAAUGUGACAGUUGAGUUGGAUGUACUUUACUUUUUUUGUCUUUUUUGUGUCAGUGGAUUGAAACAUUUUAUAAUUGCUGGCAAGUGUACAAGUCUCCUAAGGAUACGUUCAAUUAUUGUUUUGAUGCCUGCUGCAUGGGCUGAGUCCUGUGCCAUCGUCAUCUCUGCAGUGCUUUGGAGUGUGCAGGCCUGGCAGAGGCAGCUCUUAUCCUGCUUCACUGGCUUCAGCUGAGCCACUGUGUCAGGGCUCGUCUGACAGAGCAGUCUGCUGCUGUGUGAGAACCUCAGUUCUGGUUCACAGGGAAGCUGCCUUAAGCAAUGCUUAAUCUGGAUGUUAUGGCAGCUGGUCUGAAUCCUCAGAUUUCUACCUCGCCAAGAUAAGCUGGAUUUCCAUGGUGCGGACAUGUCCCUUGAACCCAGACCCUUUCUGCUGUAGUUUUGAACCGCUCUCUGCAACUUCUCCUUGUGGCAUUUUCUAAUUGGAUACAUACAGGACGGUUGAUUGUGGGGUUUCUGAAUGCACCCUGCUUCCCCAUGGCAUGCUGUUUCAAAUCCCACCGCUAUGGAAGCUGGACGCUUAACACCCCUUUUCCAGAUGAUGAAGCUGAGCAGCACCACAGCACAAUGGUGGGAGAGGGGGGCAGCACGGGGGACAGCACCCCAAAGCGUAAGGGCAAGUUCUCAACCCUUGGCAAGAUCUUCAAGCCAUGGAAGUGGCGGAAGAAGAAAAGCAGCGAGAAGUUCAAGGAAACUUCGGAAGAACUGGAGAGAAAGAUGUCGACGAGGCGUACGCGGCAGGAGCUCAUAGAACAGGGAGUGCUGAAGGAGGUCCCGGACAACGAUGCAGAUCCAGAUACACAAAAGCAGGCCUAUGUGAAGAAUGGGCACACUCUGCCAGUGAGUGCUGGGGUCGGAGGAGGCGGAGGAGUCAUCUGCGGUAGCAGGAGCCCAUGCAACCAGGGCAAACUCCCCUUAGAGUCGGACUUUAGGAUGAACCCUGCCUGGCUUCCCCAGCCGGAUGAUCGCAGGGUCCGAUCUCCCGCUAAUGGGGACCGCCGGGGAGCUCUGGGCUCCAGGGGCACGGGACUUCAUGAAGACGGGUGGAGAGGGGCAGGGAUGGGUUCACGUGCACACACUGAGGGCGAGUGGAAGCCUAACAUGGUCUGGCAGGGACAGAUUCACGGCCAGAUGGAGGAGGGCAGACGCGGGGUCCGACUUCACCCUGAGGAUGGGCAGAAGAGGCCCGGUCUGCAGAAGGCCCCAUCGGAGGACGGCAGGAGGAGUCGGCCUGCGGAAACCGACUGGAAGCCCACACUCCCUCGGCAUGCAUCUGCAGAGGAGGGAAGGGCCCGCAGAGAGUCAGACAGCCAUUAUGUCCCUGACCCAGAAGCCCUUCGGGACUCCCUGCGUGAACCUCUGCCGCCUAAACAGUCAGGCGUCAUGCCUCCAAAAUGGCUCAUGAGCUCUACCCCUGACCCUGGCAGCAAGGGUGCACCUCGCACCCCGUCCAACCAUCCCACGACCCAGUACUCCUCUCCCUCUGCCCCUUCAGCGUCCAAACCCGUCCGGUCCAUCUCCUCUGCGGGAGCAUCCACUCAGCAGUCAUCUGUAGCCCCAACCUCCACCUCUCAGGGCACCAAGCAGCCCCCUCUGCCCCCACCAAAGCCCGUGAACCGGGGCAAUACCACCAUGCUCGUCUCCGCCCUGCAGGGGGGAGAGAAUGCUCAGCUUCCGCUCUACUGGUCCUGCUGGAAGCGAGAGUGCGACUAUGAUGUCUACCUGUCCCUGCCCGUCUACCUGUGCCGGCGGGCUGGAGGCCUGCGCUCAGGUGAUUUCAACCAAGCCACCGGUGGUACCAGUCUUGUGCCAGCCAAGCCCUCGCCACCCAUGCCUCCUAAGAGGACAACCCCCGUCACCAAACGCAACACAGAGGACUCCUCUGGUUCAAGCCAUCUCAUCAGCCCCUCCCCGCUUUCUCUGGAGGACCACAGCAGCCUUCCCAUGGGCUUCCAGCUACCUCUCCCUCCUCCGUCCCCUCCCCUGCCAACACACAUACCACCCUCUCCUCCCCGCCAGCACAUACACACCCAUCACCUCCACCAUCAGCACUCCUACCCCCACCCAUUGCCCCAACCCAUACCAAUGCUGUUUGACCCACCAAGUCCAACCAAUGAGUCUCCUCAGCGGCCUGCUCCUGUCCCGCUGCAUAUCAUGAUCCAGAGAGCCCUGUCCAGUCCCGGCCCGGCUCAGCCGCACCCAGACGGGUUACAGCGGGCACACACGCUGCUUUUCGAAACCCCUCCAGAGUACCAAAGUGAUCGUGGGCGCCCCCUUCCUGUCAGCAUCCAACCGCUAAAAUUAUCUGAAGAUGACUACUCAGAGGAGGAAGAAGAUGAGGAUGAAGAUGAUGAGGAGGAGGACGCGUAUGAUGGGGAGAUCCCCCAGCCGGAGCUGGAGCCUCGGAGUCGCAGAUGCUUGGUUGGAGAUGCCGGUGUUUGUGUCAUUCCAGGGGGAAACAGCAGUGAGGAAGAGGAUGAAAAUGAGGAGGAUGAGGAUGAGGAAGGAGAGCAUGACAUGCAUGGGGAGGACAGUGACUCGGACGGCCCUGUACUUUAUAAAGAAGAAGACUCGGAUGAAGAUGAAGAGGAUGAGCCGCCACCCAGUGCCCUGGCCAGCAGGGUCAAGAGGAAGGACACGUUGGCUCUGAAGCUGAGCUGCCGUCCCUGUGCUCCAGAGAGGGACAGGUUUGUUCAGGACAGGAGCAGCAGAGACGACCAGCCUCCAGGACAGACCGGCCUCACCUGGCAGAGCAGGGAGCAGUGGGAGGCAAUCCGCACACAGAUCGGCACUGCACUGACAAGGCGACUUAGCCAGAGACCCACUGCUGAGGAGCUUGAGCAAAGAAACAUCCUUCAGCCCAAAAACCAGGCUGACAGACAAGCUGAGGUUAGAGAGAUCAAGCGGCGGCUGACCAGGAAGCUAAGUCAGAGACCCACAGUUGCAGAACUACAGGCGAGGAAAAUCCUGCGGUUCCACGAGUAUGUGGAAGUCACAGAUGCCCAGGACUAUGAUCGAAGAGCAGACAAGCCAUGGACCAAGCUGACUCCUGCUGACAAGGCAGCCAUCCGGAAGGAGCUCAAUGAUUAUAAGAGCACUGAAAUGGAGGUUCAUGAAGAGAGCAGAAUCUACACGAGGUUUCAUCGGCCUUAGCCUUUCCCCUCUUCAUGGAUAAUAAAGCACUUGAGAUCUUUCUGUGGCAAGAUGCUGCUCCCUAUGCAGACAGAUCGCCCUUUUUACGUUUCCUGAAUGUAAUGUACAGAUUAUCAGGGAAAACCUGGAACUGACUCAAAACAAGAAUGCUUCUCGCUUGCUCUCCAUCGCCCUCCCACUGCAUUGCUUUCACUAAACUGAGGUGGUGGUGGUGGCUGAGGACCAGAUGCAGUAUUUCUCCCAGACAACAGGGGGAACCACGUGCCAAUGAAGCGGAGAAGUGACAGAGGACCUACAGGGCUUACUCUCAGUCUGCUGUUAUGUGGUACCCCUCAGGGACUUGGAUCUAGUUACAACCUUUAAUGCGGCCUCAUUCUGUGUUGCCUUUUUUCUUCUUUUCUGUAUAUGGAAAAGCUAAUUCAUCUUGUUAAUGUAAUAACAUACAAUAACAAUAGUAAUAAUAAUGAUGAAGACUUCUAAUACUCCACACAGUAAUAAUAGGUAAUAGAGACAAACAGGAAAGUGGGCUGGAGGAUGAAGACUGGGAGAUUCUGUUAUAGGACUGGACAUCUCUGGGAUAUUGUGUAUGUUUUAUAUAAAUUGUGUACAGACUGCUAUUGUUAUACCUUAGAAUGAAACUUGGAAAGAUCUAAUUACAAAAUAUUCUGUAAUGCACAAGAUAUUUUAUAUUGUAAUUCUGAUCACAUGAGUAGUGACAGCUUUUAUUUGAACCUUUUUUUUUAUUUGGCUUGCCUGUAUUUAUGGUUGUGAUGUGAGGUGGCCAUUUAAGCGUCAAUCCUAGAUAUAGAAAAAGGUGCUGGUCAGGAGGCUGUUGGUGUUUUUAUGUGUGCCAACAUACCCAAUGCCUAAAGGAAUAUAGGAUACUGGUUUUCAUAUCACUGAUUUUCUGCAAUCCACUGCAUGAGCCUACACAGAAUCCGACACCAAUGGAUCUGGAUAAUCUCUCUUCAUUUGUACUUUUUUUUAUGAGUUUUUGUACCUCCCUUUAAAGAUCAAACAUGCAAUGCAUUCUGUAGCCAUUUUGAAUAAGGUCAUGCUACUAGUGUCCAUACUAAGAGUAAAAAUGUAAGUUGCUGUGAUUGUAGAUCAGGGAAUUCUCCAAAAAAAUCAGAAAAUGUAUAAACGGUAAACAGGGAGUCAUUUUGGCCGGAACCUUUUGAAACUGCAGAAGUGUUUUAUCUUGUAUCAUCGUCUGGCCAGUAGCUUACAGGGUUCUCUAUGCUGUGUACAGGUUGAUCAUAGGUUUAACUAAUGCUUGUGUAUAUCUUGUCUUCCUUUCAUUUGAAAAGAAAAUUUUAAAUAUAAAAGUAUUAUAGGUUGCUAUUUUUUUAAGCACAGAAUAUUAGUUGACGAUUUAAUGCUACAAAGAAUGGGAAUAUGAAAGUGUACCUUUUCUGUAAAACUGUUAAUUUUUAAUUGAAUGUGGAAUUGUAUGGACUGACAGUUUUCUUUGUAAAUGUAAAUGGUCACAUCUUGAUCUAAUUAAACACCUUACAAUUCCUUGAA